UUAAAUCAAUCACACUGGCACUAUUUCAUACUGAAAAGACCAAUCCUCUCUCUCUUACACGGGCGUUGUGCAUAGCAGUAUGCAGUUAGUACAGCUUCCCGAGAAAAGCAGAUUUAUAGCUUAUAAAGAGCUUGUAAUUGAGUAAAUACACAAAGGGAAGAGACGGAAAAAGAGAGAAAAAGAAAGGAGCUUGUACAGAAAUAGCCAGAUAUUUUGUUGAAAAGGAAGGCAAUGCAUGAUAAGAUGCCAUUAAUCGCAAGCAGGGAUGUAAACCUUGGAGAUUUAGUAUGGGUUCUGCUUCCUUGCUCCUCAUGGUGGCUGGCACAAGCUGUUGAUGAGAACUCUGUAAGUGGCAAAUUAAAACCCAUUAACAAAUCAGCGGGUGAAGUUCUUGUUCGACUAUAUGGAAGCUAUAAAUACUUGUAUGUGGAUCCAAUUAUGUCCCAUGGAAAAUUUGAGGAUAAACAUGAAGCUUACAGUGGCAAUUAUAUGGAUAUAUUAAAGGAAACUCUGGAGCAGGAAUUAAAAUGUCUUAGAUCUGGUAGAUCAAGAAGGAAGGAAGUGAAAAGUAAAGAAUUUGCAAGUGACGAGGUAUCUCAAGAGAGUAUUCUGAAGCAAGAUGUAACAAACAAAAGCCAGGAUGCAAUCACCCUGAAUUCUAAAACUGAAAACAAAUUCAGAAGUAAAGUUCAAAAUCAUAAAGUGGUCCAGAAACGACCCCGCCCAAGUGACUUGAACCCUGUAAACUUGUGUGCCCCUUCUAGCAAGAGAUCUUCAGCACAAAAGGGAAUGCCAAAAAAUUCAAACCCAAGUAAGCUCGAAAUUGCAAAUAAUUCAGUAGAAAGAUCUAAUGAGCUGCUGAGGGAACGAAGGAUAAAAGUUAUGCAAACACUUGGUUUGAUCGCCCCUUCUGGGUCUCCAUUCCAUUUAAAAUCGUGGACAGAUUUCUCUCGGAUGGAGUAUCUAUGAUGCCCCUUCUCAUUUUCUCCAGGCAUGUUUAUACAGUAACUAAUCUGCUUUGUAAAAGCAAGAAUCGUCUUCUAUCCUUUUUGUUUAGUAUUACUAAAUUGGAAGAAGGUGGAAUGGAAAUUUGUGUUCUUGCAAACUAUUAUGGGCUGUCUGAUAAAUUGAUGAGGUAAAAAUGCUCCCUUCAUGUAGCUUGGGUAAAAUCUCGUAACCUUUGGAUAGGAAUUAAAAUCCAGACUACUGAUUUCAUAUCUAUAUUAGAUUUCUUCAUCAAAGAGAAUAUGAGACCACUUGUUAUGUUG